AUGGAAGCAAUGGCUGGUGUUCCAGUGGUCUGUCUUCACAACACAGGUGGUGCAGCUGAGAUGCUGGGAGCUUCUGUGCUGAAGCAAACACUUCACCUGGAUAAAUUUGGGUAUAACUAUGAGCUACCUGAGCAUGUCCCUGAUGACCAGUUCCUCAUUUUGAAUCCUGCCAAAGACUCUGUCGAAAAAGUCAUCAACAAACUGAUUCUCGUGCUGUCCACUGUUCAAGAUGAUGAAAUGAUGGAAGUUGGCUUCGCCAAGAGUGAAGAGAAUCGACUGCGCUAUGCCUGGGAGCAGCAUUUGUUGUUUGCCCACAACGCAGCUAUCUUCCGACGGACAGCCAGAUUUUUGAACUACAUCGCCAUGCUGCUUUCGGUCAUCGUGACCGUUGUCGCUGUCCUUUAUCAAGAAAGCAAGAAAGCAGCAGACGGGCCCUUGCAAGAAGCAGACCUUAAAGUAGCUUUGCUUGUGUUGCCCUGUGUCAGCGCAUUCGUUCUGAGCUCCAUUAGUCGUCUGAGCCCGGUAAACAAGUGGGCUGCUUUGGAAAGCGGGUCUGUGCACAUGAAGAGUGAGAUCUAUCAGUAUCGGUGUCGUGUGCUGGACUAUCAGCCCCGCAAAGCCAGCAACAUGGAUAUUGAAGAUCGCGUCGCGGAUCUGUGUGAUCACCCGCUUGGUGGCGCGGCAGAUGAUGCCGCUGCUGCGUCUUCUUCUGGAAAUAAAGCCAAAGCAUCUGUGGCAAACAAGAUGAGUAGGCGAGGUGCCUUCGCAGCAACUUUAGAGCAGAUCAACUCCGAUGCUGUUGGCUCGGAUAUUGGGUCUGAUUACCUCCGCCAAGUUAUGCCAUGA